CCACUCGGGAUAAAUACUACUACCUAGGUAGGCUAGGUGCCUGCUCCAUAUAAAUCCAAGUAACAAAACCUCUGCUUCUAUAAAUUAUCCUACCUACUUAAGUACCUACAUACACAAGUAUAGAUAGGUACGCGUAAGUAGUUUUACACAGAAUAUUUAGGUGAGUUACAAGAUCGUUACAGCUUGUACAGAUUGUAGCUGCCUCGCACUUAGCGGACAUUUAAGCAUCCGCGUCACUAAAAAAAACCAUACCUAACUUGGCUUAGGCUUAGUGCCAACGAACCGCAACGUCGGAGUUAAGUAACAUAGUAAGCUAAGCUAAGCUACUACACGUCACAGUUCGUUCUACUCUCUGCGGCGACGGUGAACCUCGUGGGCAAGAUAUUUCACGAACGAUACUUUAUAUCAGUAGAAAGGCGCACUCUUCAGCUCCUAAUCAAGCUCCCGUCGAAUGAACCAGUCCAUAUAGUUUGAAGUCAAGCCAUCAUUCUUUUCGCAUCCACUGAGUCGUGCAUAUCGUGAUUUACUACCAUGUCGUGCCCUGCAUGCUUCAGCGGCGCCGUCCACGAGGGCACCCCCACCGGCACCGUCACCAAGCUCCAUGGUCUUGAUGUCUACGUCGCCGAGCCGGCAAGUGGAAAUAAGCCCAAAGGCAUCAUUGUCCUCAUACCUGACAUGUUCGGCUGGGAUUUCGUGAACAUCCGACUGAUGGCUGAUCACUUUGCGAAGAAGAGGGAUUAUCGAGUCUAUCUGCCAGAUUUCAUGGACGGCCAUGGUGCGCCAGUCUCGAUGAUCGAUUCAAUGCAGGUACUUCUCGCCCCCAAAACGUGGUAUGAUACCUUCUCCAAACCAUUCCACGCCCUUACAGUUGCACGUCAUGGUGUACCCGCCAUGUUCUUCAACCGCCCUGGAAAGACCUUUCCUGUCGUCAAGUCUUUCAUGGAGUCACUGCGACGCAACGAGGCUGCUCAUCUUCCUGUGGGGGUCACUGGCUACUGCUGGGGAGGCAAGCAUGUCGUUUUGCUAGCCGAGGGCUUCUCAAUAGACGGCAAGCCACUCGUAGAUGCAGGAUUCACAGCUCAUCCCAGCCUUCUUACUAUACCUGAUGAGAUAGAGAAGAUCACAGUCCCUGUCAGCUUUGCCCUAGGCGACAAGGACUUCAUGGUCAACACCGAGCAAGCGAUGCAGCUAGAAAGCAUUGUUCUAGAGAAGCCCGACGGUCAGAAGGGUGAAUGCCGCAUGUAUCCUGGAUAUGGGCAUGGCUUUGCCUGCCGUGUGGACGUGUCCAACGAAGAUCCCAAGGCAGCUGAUGAAGCUGAAGAUCAAGCACUGGCAUGGUUUGAGAAACACUUUGAUGAUGUCAAGUACUAGAAAACAUCAUUGGUGGAUUGUCGCGGAUAAAUUGAGCCGCGCGGGAGUUCAGAUUCUGUGUUUCGUCGCACUGAAACAAAAUGCGCAAUGAGAGGAACUGUACGUGGGUGCCUAAUCACCGAUGUCAACAAGUGGUGGCGUUGAUGUGGUGGAAAGACUCCCUUUUUAGACUCCCUUUUGGAUCCGGCCUGAAUGCUCCUCAGGUCGCACAACAUCAUGCUCCCUCCCUCUUAAUCUUACAAUUAUCGCUCACCGCAGUCUCCGUUGAUAAGUUAUUCUUAUUUCCGCGCUAUUGCAGUACCUAAUUCACUAUCCACCUAUCGGCAAUCACUGCUUCUCAUUCUCCGAGAGGCGACGUUAUUUACUUACUAUAAAUAUCUGGGUAGCAUCUAUACCAACUAUCAGACUCUCAAAACAGGCUUAUAUCAUCCAAGAUUAAGUGAUUCAUAAGCUUUAACACCGCUUAUAUAUGGUCUAAUGAUGAUUACCCUACUACGGAGUAUGCGGCAAUAACUGUUUGGUCCAACCCCGGUGCUGAUCAGCCCAGGAACACCCUCCAACGUUCGGCUAUCGAGUACCAACUAUACAGCUACCUCCUAAGAUGUGGCUUGCAUCAUGCAAGGUGUUGUGUGCACGGUGGAUCCAACACCCAACGCUGGGCGUAACGUGUGACUAAAAUUAGCGGUGGCUGUUUCUACUGUCUCUGCCUUGU